UGAGGCCCCUGCCGCCGGUCGGCGAUGUCCGGCUGGAGCUGUCCCCGUCGCCGCCGCUGCCGCUGCCGGCUGUGAGCGGGUCUCCGGUCGGGUCGUCCGGGCGUCUCAUGGCCGCUAGCAGCUCCCUGGUGCCCGACCGGCUGCGCCUGCCGCUCUGCUUCCUCGGCGUCUUUGUCUGCUAUUUCUACUAUGGGAUCCUGCAGGAGAAGAUAACAAGAGGAAAGUAUGGGGAGGGAGCCAAACCGGAGACAUUCACUUUUGCCUUAACCCUGGUCUUCAUCCAAUGUGUGAUCAAUGCUGUGUUUGCCAAGAUCUUGAUCCAGUGUUUUGACACCGCGAGGGUGGAUCGCACUCGGAGCUGGCUCUAUGCUGCCUGCUCGGUCUCCUAUCUGGGUGCCAUGGUCUCCAGCAACUCAGCACUACAGUUUGUCAACUAUCCGACUCAGGUCCUUGGUAAAUCCUGCAAGCCAAUCCCAGUUACUGUCUCUGACCCUGGACGGACUGACAGGCGUUUCCCAGGACCACAUGCGGGCUCACUACCAAACGGGUUCCAACCACAUGAUGUUGAACAUCAACCUUUGGUCGACAUUGCUGCUGGGAGCUGGAAUCCUGUUCACUGGCGAGCUCUGGGAGUUCUUGAGCUUUGCCGAAAGAUACCCUACCAUCAUCUACAACAUCCUGCUCUUUGGUCUGACCAGCGCCCUGGGGCAGAGUUUCAUCUUCAUGACGGUGGUGUAUUUUGGCCCCCUGACCUGCUCCAUCAUCACGACAACUCGCAAGUUCUUCACCAUUUUGGCCUCUGUGAUCCUCUUUGCCAACCCCAUCAGCCCCCUGCAGUGGGUGGGCACCGUGCUCGUGUUCUUGGGUCUCGGUCUCGAUGCCAAGUUUGGGAAAGGAGCCAAGAAGACGUCCCACUAGGAACAGAGAGACUACCUUCACUUCAAGCAUAUUUAAGUUAUUAUCUCAGAUACGGACAUCUCUUGGGCAAAUGGACACAAUAGGGAAAAAAGACUGGGACUGGGUUCCAGUCUGUUUGGGGUUUUUUGGUUUUGUCUUGUUUUUUGUUUGUUUUUUUUUUUAAGAAAAGGAAGCAAAAAUCACAUAUUCUGAAAGAAGCCCUUGGAUUUUAACAGGACAGAGUUGGCAGUUUCUGUUCUGGCUGACCGGGAGCACAGCCCAGGGCAGAGACGAGAGCUGACGCUCUUUGCCCAGGCUUCCUGCCGGCUGUAGGUGCCCUGGUUGGGUGGCUAAUUCCCCCAAGCGCCCAAGCCUUGCCGGGAGGAACUUUAAUAGGUUUGCAGUUGUGAUUGUGGUCUCCGCUCCCACAGGUGACGGUCCAAACACGCCAGGACGGGGGGCUGGCCGUUAGAGCCAGAGAAUAUGAAAAUCACUUCCUCUCCUCAA